GGGAGACCAGAUAUAGUGAAUGCAGGGUCCGGGGGGGGGGCCAGAUAUAGUGAGUGCAGGGUCCAAGGAGACCGGAUAUAUAGUGAACCAGAUGUAGGGUCCGGGGAGACCAGAUAUAGUGAAUGCCAGGUCCGGGGGGACCGGAUAUAGUGAAUGCAGGGUCCGUGGGGACCGGAUAUAGUGAAUGCAGGGUCCGGGGGGACCGGAUAUAGUGAAUGCAGGGGUCCAGGGAGACCGGAUAUAGUGAAUGCAGGGUCCGGGGAGACCAGAUAUAGUGAAUGCAGGGUCUGGGGAGA